UCCUCCCUCCCAUUACGGAGCGCCGAAACAACAACAAUUCCCUCGAAUAUCGAUCGACUCCCCGUGACAUGUCGCAAUCGAUCACGAGUUACAGUUAAACUCGCGUGCUCCAAAAAAAGGGAAAAAAAUUCCCAUACUUUUUUUUCAGCAACGAAGCCGAGAGUUGAUUAAUGUUACGCGUAUGAUUAUCGGAGCCAACUGAUCUCAGCAGAACCGUAAAUUACACAAAUGCACUAUUUAGACCGUGCAUCGUGGAGCAACAACAGAACAAGAGUUAAAUUAAAACUCUAGAUCGCCUCGUGAUCCGGUUACUACCAUCAAAGCAGGCUGAAAAAUUUCAAGUUGUUUCAACUUUUUGCUCUAGCAAUUUGGACAUUCGGAACACGUGUCUGUGCGGAGCGUCAAGGAUCGCCUGUGGGCACAAUGUCAGUGUCUACUCAACGUGGGGGAAGACUGAAAUGUCAUUAGUGGGUACACGUUAGUGAUAAACCAGUUUGCUAGAUGUUGAAUCCACUUUAUGGCCGUUUUUCACCACUUUUUCUCGAGUUCUAAUCGUCGUUAUUGAUCGUGAAAACAAUUUAUCGGGAUUCCAUUGAGGAAAAUAAGUGUACCAGUGUGUCAGGGGACUUUUCAAACGACUGACAACUGCUGAAUAAUUAGUUUAACAUUUUUAAAAGUGAAAUUAGUCGGUAAAAAGUGAAGUGCGUGACAUGAAAGGUGUUGAAUUAUUGUUGAGGUAAUGGGUGAUCGGGCCAAUUGUCCUGAGUUUUUGGUGGGGGAAGUGACGGUUUAACGUCAUCGAAUGCACCUGACGUAGGAUCGAUAACAAUAGCUAGUGCAUCUGUUCGACGAUUGAAAAUAAUCGUUGGUUUUUGUGAAUAAGAGGGAACUGUUUUGAGUGGAGUGCAGCGAAUAUGUUGCCGAGGAAAGAGGGACAGUUGGAGCCUUAUGCUCUUGAGGAUAUGAUCUCUGACCUCCAGACCAGGAGAAACGCUUUGGAUAGAGAUGAGGACGUUGGGGAUCCACAUGAACUCCUCAAGCAGAGUGAGAAGGAUCUCGUGCUUGCUGCUGAGUUGGGAAAAGCACUGCUGGAGAGGAAUCAGGAACUCACCAGGCAGUCUGAGGCACUCGCUGAGGAGUAUGGCAGCAAACUUGAGUGUCUGGAGCAGGAACGUCAUCUGCUCCGUAGAAGACUGGAAGAGGCGAAAGGAGAGAAUGAAGCACACGUCCUGGAGCUUCAGGCUGAUGUGGAGACCCUCCGGAGUCAAUUAGAGGAGCAGAGUGAACGAGCCAGGAGGGCUGAGAGGGAACAGGCAACAUUGGUCGCCGAACUCACUGCUCAAAACACGAGGCUCGCUGAUCAGCUGAGAGAAGCAGCCAAGCAGGAGGAGCAGCUGUUGGCUGAGGUCAAGGUACUCAGGGAAAAGUGUGCUGUGAGGAGCACAUCACUUCAGGAUCAUGUCAGCAGUUUGGAGAUUCUCAGGGAUGAGGUGCAGUUUGUGUCAGCACAAAGAACAGAAUUGGAAAGGCGAUCGUUGGAGCUGCGUGAGGAAAGAGCAAGAGCUGUGGCAGCCCUGGAGGAAGCAGAGGAAAGGGCUGCGGCCUUGGAAAGACUCAGCCAUGAAGCGGAACACCGAGCGAGACUCGCUGAACAAGAAAGAGACGACCUAGCAGCGGCCCUAGCUGCGAUCGAAGCAGAGCAGAGAGGCAGGUCUGGAUCGAUACACAAGGCACCGAGGUCGUUGCAGGCGGAAAUGGAGUGCGAGGUGAGCGGAAGUUCACUCGGUGAGCCAGAGGACAUCAGGGCGGAAGUGGCGAGGGCGUGCAAACGUCUUAGAGAGCUGAGUACACAACUAAGACGUGGGGAAGACGACUCGGGACUUCAGAGUGACUGCGAUGAGUCAAUGGUCGUUAUUGUCAAUGGAUCUGAGAGCGAGGGUCCCGGAGUACUAUCCGACUUAGUCGAGGAGGUUUAUAGUCUCGCCUUAACCGGAAGAGGUGCGCCAGGUGAAUUAAACCUGGCAGUUGAACUCCACCGAGUGACCGAGGAGUUGGAUCACACGAGACAGCAAUUUAAGCAGACACAAGAGGAAUUAAAGCGUCGAGGUGAGGCGCUCCUCGACACAACGAGUAAAUUAAGUGUCUGUGAAGCUGAACUACGUGGAGUGAAAGAGGAGCGUGAUCGUGCACGUGGUGACAUUGAGGACUCUGAACUUAACAGAGACGAAGUGAUUGCCCAGGCUUAUUCAGUGAGGGAUCAGGCAGUUGCCAGGAAGAAUAGGGCAGAGGUGGAAUUGGCUAGGACGAGAAUAGACGUCCUUCAGGUCAAUAGCCAGCUGAUGGAGGCAAUACAGCAGAAAAUUGAGCUGAGUCAGCAACUCGAGCAGUGGCAGAUGGACAUGCAGGCACUCAUUGAUGAGCAUGUGAAGAGUAAACUGACACCACCUAGUCCACAGCUCAAUGGCAGCAAUGGGGGAGAUAGUCCGGAUGUUAGUGCUCCAGCCAGGAAAAAGAGGAGCACUGGGAGCAGUAGAAAAAUGUUCGGACUUUUCUAAUUUUGUGAUUUCUAGAGGAAUUUUGUACUUGGAGGAAUGUUGAAAAAUAUAGGGAAGAAUGUGACGAAAAAACAGUAAAGGGAGUAAAAUGGGUCAAAGGCUGGGGUGGGAAGAUGAAUCUGAAAUCAAGACCUGGCUUAAUCAUGUGCGGAAGGUUAUGUAAAUUGAUUUUUUUGGUCGAUUUUUAUCUUGAAAUUUCAACUUGAUGUCCCGCCAGUCAGGGAUGCCCGAAAAUUCUAAAUUUAGAUUGAAAAAAAAUUUUAAAAAUUAUGAAUAUUUUGAAAGAGCGUUUUUAAUCAAUAUUGAGGAAUUAUUUCAAUGGAGGAAAUAUGGAUAAUUUAUCAUUAUA